UUCCUUACCCUUUUUGCCAAACAUGACGUUAACGGCUCCACUUGGCAUCGCGAUUGCGUUUGAACGCAAUGCCAAACCAGAUUUACAUUCCUUCCCUUAACCACGAUAGGGACCAAAACGUCCAACAGAACCGCGUUCGGGCAACCGCAAAAAAGCUCUUUUGGAUUCUUCACUCUCUCAAAGCAAAUUCUCUCUUCCAUUUGACCUCAGGAAAAUUCCAUAGAUUUUCAUCCCCAUUUUGACCCAGGAGCAUCAAAUCCUGUUCAACUCUUUGAUCUGAUGACACAUACACCGACAAUUUGGCCAAACAUAUAUAUCUCUGCAAGCCUACAUUAAGUCUCUCUCUGCUGUAUCUUAAUCAGUUUCCUCUCACAAUUUGCUAACUGCAAUGGAAGAAUAAAGGGUGAACUCAUGUUUUAUUUGCUUGAUAACAGCACAGGGUUAUAUCAUAAAAAGAGAAUAAUUCUGAUGGGCUGACUCUUAACAAAGAGAAGAUAGUCCCAAAUAGUUAAUUUUUUUUUUCACAAAAAUGAAAAACAACUUUCACAUGUGAAUGUGAUUGAUUACUUGAAAUGACUCUGGAAUGUUGUUGGCUUGGACAUGGUUAAGUUUGGCUGGUUGAUGUGUUAUUCUCUGAUUAAGGAAUAAUUUUUUGUUGGUUUGUCUUGAGAGCUGAACUUUGAUGAUCUUAACAGAAAAGGAAAGGUGUAUACUUCGAUGAUAUUAAGUUCUUAACGGAGUUUCUCGGCUCCAGCAUUUUACUUGCUAUAUGCAUUUUUACUAUUUUUGUAUUUCUAUUACUGGCAAGUUUAUAUGAUUUUUCUCAUUUAAUUUUGAAAAGCUCUUAUAGAUGAAGAAUGCUAGAAUUGUUACAGCAGAGGUUCCUCGAGGUAGGAAUAAUGACAAAAUGAAGGCAGUAUGGGACAGAAACUUAACAAUUAUAUUCUGUGAUCUUUGUAUAAAGGAAAAAGAUCAUAAUUGCAGGCGAGGAACUUAUUUUAAAAAGGAAGGGUGGUCAAGGUUGGUUUCAAAUUUUAACAAAGAAACUGGUAAGGAAUAUGAAAAGUCACAGCUGAAAAAUAGGUGGGAUCUAUUGAAAAAAGAAUGGAAGCUAUGGAAGCAACUCAAAGGGAACGAUACCUGUUUGGGGUGGGAUUCAACAAAGAACAAUAUUGAUACUUCAGAUGCAUGGUGGGAAAAGAAGUUAAAGCUCAUGCCUGAGGCUACGAAGUUCAAAAAUGGUGGUAUUGACCCAGAAUUGGAAAACAAAUUAGAUUGGAUGUUUCAGGGUAUCAAUGAUGACAUAACUUUGGCGCCCACAUUUGGUUUACCGCCAACUGAUGGAAUUGAUGAUGAUGAACUACCUAAAGUAGAGGUGGAGGUUUUCGCUGUAGAGGAUAUUGAAAUGCCAAAAAAGGCAAUGGAUGAACAUUUUAAUGAGAUCAAUAACCAUUGCAUGGAACAGAAUCCUCAGCCUUACUCUGAAUCUGAGCACCAGUCAGAGCCACCACACCAAAAGAAGAGAUCUCCGGAGUCUGGCUCUUCUGAUCUCAACAAGGGUAAAGAGAAAGUACCAAAAUUAGUAGGGAGAGUUUCAAAACUAUCCUGGCAGAUAGAUAGAUUGUGUAGUGCAGCUGAAAGUAUGAGUACAGCAACUUCAGCCAAGUUAACUUCAGAGCCAUACACCAUUCCUGAGGCAGUUCGAUUGCUGGAUAACAUGGAGGAAGAAGUUCCAAAGAAGAGCCUAUUGUAUUAUUUUGCCACAAAGCUGUUGCUUAACAAAGACAAGCGGACUAUGUUUAUGUCAUUGUCAACUGAGACUAGAGCUUGGUGGCUUAAAAUGGAGAUGAAGGAGAGCUCCAAAGUUUCUUCAAACAAUAGAAAAGAUGGUCAAUGCAAUAAUAGCAUUGUAUAACUUUCUUUCAAUAUAUUCUAAUCAAGAUGAUGAUGAUGAUGAAGCUAGGAACUUAUAACUUUAUUUCAAUGUAUUCUGAUCAACUUAUAACUUUAUGAUGAUGAUGUAACUAUGAACUUAACUGAUGGAUGCUAUGCAUCCAGCUUAGUUAUUCUCUAGGACCGUUUUUGUUUUGUAUUUAAGUUUGUGAGUAAUGGCUUUGUUUUGAGUAUGAACACUAUCCUCCUUUUUAUGUAGAUUAAUUAAA